AUGGAUUUCAACCUCGCGAUACGCAACGUCAUGCAGGGCAGAGUGAAAGUGCCCCUUUUCGUCGUCAUUGGAGUGUUAUUCUUCUCAUAUUUGAUACGCAGGAGGCAGGUGCGUCUGCGUACCAACCCUCGUCGCCUUCCAUUCCCUCCUGGACCUAAGCCUCUUCCGCUUGUCGGGAAUCUUCUGGAUAUCCCUCGCGACAGUGAAGCUGCUCGGUACAACAAGCUUGCUCGAGAACAUGGUGACCUCGUUUUUUUGAGUGUCUUCGGGAAAACGAUCUUGGUCGUCAACACUUAUCAGGUUGCAAAUGAUUUAUUCGAGAAGCGCUCUUCGAACUAUUCUGACCGUAAUGAACUUCCCAUGAUCAAUGACUUAAUGGGCUGGGACUGGAGUUUCGGCCAUAUGCCAUAUGGCGACCGCUGGAAAGCACAUCGCAAAAUAUUCCAUGCUCACUUCCAAUCUUCCGUCGUGUCAGUCUACUGGCCCAUUCAACUUAAAGAAGCUCAUAAGCUGCUUCGUCGUCUGCUACACGAACCCGGAGAAUUACUGGAGCAUCUUCGCCAUAAUUCAGCCAGCACGAUCAUGAACGUCACGUACGGGAUAGAAGUAUCGGAUGAAGACGAUCGAUACAUCACCGUGGCAGAGAAGGCCUUGGAUGGGAUGGCUAAAGCCGCACAUCCUGGAGCUUUUCUCGUCGACAUCUUUCCUAUUCUCAAACACAUCCCCGAAUUCAUGCCUUUCGCCGAAUUCAAGAGGAAAGCUCGUGACUGGAGGAAAGCAGUCUUGGAAAUGCGCGAUGCUCCUUAUGAGGCCGUUAAGAACGCGUUGAAACAAGGAACCGCUGCUCCCUGCUUUGUUUCCUACCUUCUCGACGACUUGGAGGCAAAGAAAGAAAACAAGCAGCAGGAGGAUACGAUUCGUAAUUGUGCAGGACUUGCCUUGGCCGCCGGGGCUGAAAGCACUGUUUCUUCCCUUUCUUCGUUCAUGCUCGCUAUGGUACUGUAUUCCGACGUCCAAAGCAAAGCAAGACGCGAAAUCGACACUGUCAUUGGGAACGACCGACUUCCUGACUUUAGCGACCGUGGGUCUCUUCCUUACGUUGACGCCGUAGUCAGGGAGGUACUUAGAUGGAAUCCUGUCGCGCCUCUCGGUCUACCGCAUAUGGUGACGCACGACGACGAAUACAACGGCUAUUUCAUUCCCGCGGGCACCACAAUGGUCGGCAAUAGCUGGACCAUCUUACACGAUCCAGUCACUUACCCAGAUCCUGGAAGAUUCAAUCCCGAGCGAUUCCUCGGCAUUGGGAAAGGCAGUCCGGUGUUCGACCACGUCUCAGUAGCUUUUGGAUACGGACGUCGUAUUUGCCCGGGAAGGUUCAUGGCUGAAGGCCAGCUCUGGAUAUCCGUGGCAUGCAUUCUCAGCGCCUUUGAUAUUUCCCCGGCAUAUGAUGAAAACGGGAAACCCGUAUCGACGAAAGCGGCGUUUGCAUCGGGAAUGAUAUCACAUCCUUUGCCUUUCAAAUGUACUAUCACUCCGAGGAGCGAGCUUUCUAAGAAACUUGUUGAGCAGACUGCAGAUCUGGCGCCCUAG